CUUCUUCAACAACUGCAGCUACCUCGGUAGCUCGCUGGCCAACAAAGUCGGAACAUUCAAGUUUUUUAGACAAUUUCGUGGUUUAUUUGCAACUAUGAUUGAAACAUACUCACGUGGAAACAACUAGCUACCGCAUUUAAUGUAUUAUUUACGUUGUAAGUCAACUAGCUGGCUGGUUAAGUUAGCACUAGUCUAGUCGCUAAUGCUAACUAGCUAUUAUUCCCCCACAUUUAAUGUAAUAUUUACGUUGUAAGUCAACUAGCUGGCUGUUUAAGUUAGCACUAGUCUAGUCGCUAAUGCUAACUAGCUAUUAUCCCCGACCAUGAGUUCACUAAGCUACUCUCCUCCUGCUAAAGAAGAGGUCUGCUGGACGGAGAAAGAAGCUCUCGUGAAAGAGGAGGAGGAAGAGGAGAAUAUCACAGUAAAACAAGAAGACGUUGAGGCUGUUACAGUUAAAGAAGAAGAUAAAGACGUUUCAUUGAAAAAAGAGGAAGACGCGUUCAGAGUGAAAGAGGAGGAGGAUGUUACAGUAAAAGUAGAGGAGGAAGAGAAAAAGGAGGAUGCAGUUUUUGGAGUGAAAGAGGAGGAGGAGGAGAUGACUGUCACAUCCAAAAUGGAGGAGGAAACUGGAUUUCUGGGCCCGGUUUCCCAAACGCAUCUUAAGGCAUCUAAUGGUUCUAACGAUGAAUUUAGCCAUACGGUGGUUUUGGGAAAACGAGCCCUGAUUAACACUAGAGAGAGACGGGAUUAUCGUGGAUCCUCUGGGGAUCCUCAACAACAACAUGAUGCUGAGGAGGCAGAGAAAAGUCUCUCCAGAUCAGAACUCCUCAAGAAACACCAGCAGAGAUCCACAGGGAAGAAAUCUUACUCCAAAUCUACAUCAGAACUUAAAAUACACCAGAGAAUACACACAGUAGAGAAAUCUUAUGUCUGUGAUCAAUGUGGGAAGAGUUUUACUGAGUCACGCAUCCUGAAAUCACACCAGAGAACACACACAGGAGAGAAAUCUUAUGGCUGCGAUCAAUGUGGGAAGAGAUUUACUCAACCAGACAGCCUGAUAGUGCACCAGAGAAUACACACAGGAGCGAAACCUUAUAGCUGUUAUCAAUGUGGGAAGAGUUUUACUACAUCUAGCCAUCUAAUUGUACACCAGAGAACACACACAGGAGAGAAACCUUAUGGCUGUGAUGAAUGUGGGAAGAAAUUUACUGCGUCAAACUCCUUGAUAGUGCACCAGAGAGUACACACAGGUGAGAAACCUUAUAGCUGUAGUCAAUGUGGGAAGAGUUUUACUCAACCAGACAGCCUGAUAGUGCACCAAAGAACACACACAGGAGAGAAGCCUUAUAUCUGUUAUCAAUGUGGGAAGAGCUGUACUACAUCUAGCCAUCUAAUUGUACACCAGAGAACACACACAGGAGAGAAAGCUUUUAGCUGUGAUCAAUGUGGGAAGAGUUUUGGUACAUCUAGCCAUCUAAUUGUACACCAGAGAACACACACAGGAGAGAAACCUUAUAGCUGUGGGCAAUGUGGGAAGAGUUUUGGUCAAUCUGGCCAUCUGACAGUGCACCAGAGAAGACACACAGGAGAGAAACCUUAUAGCUGUGAGCAAUGUGGGAAGAGUUUUGGUCAAUCUGGCCAUCUGACAGUGCACCAGAGAAGACACACAGGAGAGAAACCUUAUAGCUGUUAUCAAUGUGGGAAGAGUUGUACUACAUCUAGCCAGCUAAUUGUACACCAGAGAACACACACAGGGGAGAAACUAUGUAGCUGUGAUCAAUGUGACAAGAGAUUCUCCGAUAAAAGACAUCUGAUCAAACAUCAGAAAAUACAUUCAUGAAGGAAUUGUUUCAUGAUAUCAGUGAAAUAUCCCACCUAGCAAAAUGUAAUUGAAAAGAAAAGAAGACUAUGCUCGAAGUCCAAUAUUCGUUCCGUGGUUGUUGAAAGUUGAAAUAUGUAUUUUCAGGUCGUUUUUUUUAAUGACUUGAAAACAACUUAAUUUCAACGUACUUGCAGCCUAAACACAUGGAUGCAGUAUAAUAAAUUGGUUUAUAACCAAUUUUAUUAACAAUCUGACAUCACUCUAGUAUUUCCUGACAACAUUCAAAUGCUAAUUGUCUUUAUUCCACUACUGAAGAAGCAUAACUCAAAUCACCUCAUAUAUCAAACAUCCAGCCUGACAAAAGAUACAUGUUUUAUUAUUUCAUGCCUCACCAUUACGUUAAUUGUUGCCACUAGAUAUUAACAAAGGGGUGUACAUUUGGUUUUGAUAUUUCAUAUUUACAAUUAUGUAACAUUAAGUAAUCAUAAUUAUUUAUGCAACCAACUGACAAUUUUUGGGUACAAUUAUAUUGACAUUGAAAUUGUUAUCCUGCUUUCAUAAUGUCAGGGUUCAUUCUCAGAUGUACAUUGGGGACUGGACCCCGAUCCAACAACAUGCCUAUUGAGUGAACCCUGAAAAAGAGAGACAAGCUACACAGUGAGGUGGAAAGUUACUUCGGAUAUCGCAGGAGUUUCCUCUUGAAAUCAAAUGUCUGUGUAAGGACAACUUGGUUGCUGAUUGUCUCAAGGUUUGGCAGUCAAAAAGAUUUGUGUUUUGUAUUUAGCCAGUGUGUUGGAGAUUAGUUUUAUCUCUUAUUCUUUUCUGUAUUUUUUGGAAACUGCAUUGUUGGUUAGGGGCUCGUAAGUAAGAGUUCCAGUGUUGUAUCCGGCACAUGUGACUAAUACAAUUUGAUUUGAGUUUUGUUUGGGCUCGUUCCAAGGAGACGAGAGUUCUAGAAGCUAGUGAGUUUUAGGAAGACGAAAGUUCUAGAAGACAGUGAGUUUUCUAUAACAAAAAUAAAUAAUACGAUUGUAUGUUAUUAUUUAGAAAUGAGUUUUUUCUUGUUUUUAAUUGUUGACAGCUAGUUAACAAUAUUUUUUAUAUUGUAGAAGGUGAAGCAUUGUAGUUGAUUAUGUGAAAUGGAAGUUGUUUUUUGUUGGCGGUGAGCAAACUUGUCCAACAAAAAUAUAGGAUAUAUUGGUUGUCUUAAUAGGGAAGGUGUUACAUACAGGCUUUGGUUUUUCCAUUUAUAUUUUGAGAUUAGAGCGUAGGAAAUGGGGAUACCUAGUCAGUUGUACAACUGAAUGCAUUCAACUGAAAUGUGUCUUGGGUGCACUGAUUGGAGUCGUCGUUAGUCAGUAUGUGUUACACCUGUGCUGGCUUAUCCAUCUCGUUAGUGGGAAGGGGUUUCACCUGAGCUGGUCCAGGUUCUAUUUAAGAGUGUCUGGCCCAGUGCUCCAGUUGUCUUGAUAGAUGUCUUGAUAGAUGUGGAGAGUCAACACCUUUAGUUGCUCCACCUUUUUGGUUUGCUUCCUGUCUUUAAAUUUGGUGUGGGUUCUUCAUUUGUUUUCCUCUUCUUGGGAAUAUUUAGUGGGUCUCAUGGUGGGGGUCUUUUAGGUCCCAGUGGUUGUUACUAGUCAACUUUCAGUGGACACCCCCAUAGUGUCUUUCAGAACCCUUUAUAUUUUGGGAUGGAUAUUGCAUCCAAUUAAUAUUUUAAUCAAUUGCAUUUCCUUUAGGUGCUCAGUUGUCAGUCUUCUGUUUUUAAUCCUCAAUAUUUAUUUUUAUUCGGGUUUUCCAUUGUGUUGUAUCCUGUCUGAAAUGUGCUGUAUAAAUAAAGCUUGAUUUGAACAAAUGAA